GUGAUCCCGUUCAAACGUGGAAGUGGCCGACAAAGAGACAAACAGCGGGCAUCGACGAAUGCUGGAAAUAUUUAGGAAUAAGUGAAUUACGUAAUGGGUAACCGGGCGAUUAAUUAUUCGUCGCGUGCAAGUGCUAUACGGAAACACGAAAGAUUUUGCGCAGAUUUCUUAUCUAUAGUUGGCCAUUCCCCAAAGUCACAUCUCUCGGCCAUUUUGUUAAAUUUAUUUCUAAACGUAUCCCCUCCAAAUUGAAAACAACCGAAGGUUGACGCUGUUCUCGAUCCCGAUAAAGUAUUUUUGGUUAGGUUAUUAGCUGUGCACAGGAUAUUUAACAUGAUUCCAGUGAUCAAGUAAUUAGAAAUCGAGAUAAAAUGGAUGUAGCUGGAGACUUGACGUUACAAUGGGUGGAGGAGGUGGGAAAUGUGAUCCACGAGGAGGUAAUAUGUGGUUUGGAGGCGCAGCUCGUAGGAGCAGAGGAAGAGGUGAUAGGGGCCUGCGAGGAAGUUGCAAUAGAGGAAACAGUAGAGACUGUUCCCGAUGUAACUUCUGCGGCAGACUCAGAGAUACUAAUGGUACCACAAUCGAACGAUAUGGAAUCUAUCUACAUAGUUCCACAAGAUCAGGGUCAUGACUAUCUGAACAUACAGGUUACGGAGGAAGUAAUCGCAGACAAUGAUUGGGACAGAUCUGGCCCAGAUGAUGGGGUCGAGAUAUCCGAGGAGAAAGUAUCUCAUGAACAUCUGCUCGAAUACGACGACAUGGAGAUACCGUUGCCGAUCGAUCAGGAUUCUUACACGAACAGCAGACCAUACCCGUGCGACUUCUGCAGCCGAAGGUUCAGAAAGAAGGCGAACCUAAUGAAUCAUAUGGUGGCGCAUCAAACGGAUCGUCCUCACGGUUGCAAUCUGUGCGGAGCGCGUUACGCGAGGAAGUGCGAUCUAAUGAAUCAUUUAAAGAUUCAUGCGUACGCACCGUCACGCGACGGGUUAGAGGACGAUCUGAACGACGACGACGACUCGUUGGUCCCGGAGGAAGAAGAACCUAUCAAGGGUAGACGCAAGAAGGUACAGUCGAGCGUGCCGCGAAAGCGCAAAAACAAUUCUGCUGUUCCGAAGCGUACUAUGGACGCUGCUAAAAUGGAAAUGGGCAAGUACGUCAAUAAAUCUUACGAUUAUGUGGACGAGGAUACGCGUCUUUUGGAAGAAAUGACUAGUAGAAAUUCUGCGCGCAGUGGUAACUACGCGUCCAGCUCGAGAUGGACCGAGCAGAUGUCACCCGUCACCGCUGAACCGCAACAACCGCGAUGGCCCGUGACCGAUCCGACAAAACCGUACGUAUGCCAGUUUUGCGGUGUCGGCUUCGCGAGAGAAAAGGCGCUCGCUUCUCACGCGCGUAUACACGGCGGCGACAGUCCAUUCGAGUGCACGUCGUGCGGCGACAUGUUUUGGGAUGUGAACAGUUUGAGAGAACACGUUCGCAUGAAGCACGGUGGCACUGUACAACCUGAUUUCGAGGAAUACGAUAACGAUACUACGUACACAGGCGACGAGAGAUUCGGAGAGUUCUAUUGCAAUACUUGCGGUGUACCUUUUCACCGUUUGGACUUACUCAAACGUCAUCAAAAGAUUCACGUUAAACAAGAAACCGACAUGGUGGAGGGCCCGAGUCAACAUCACGUUUGCAACGUUUGCGGCGAAUGGUUCGAAGAGGCUUUGGCUUUGCUAGCACACGCCGAACUUCACGCUAGAUCGCCUAGUCGUCGAUGCUUGUUGUGCGGCGAGAGAUGCCGCGACGAUGCCGAAGUCGCCGAACACGUCCGGCAGAACCAUGCCGAAGAUGCUCCGCCAAACACGUGCACGUUCUGUGGUAAAACAUGUAAAGACAAGCGCAGCCUGUUGAAGCACGCCUGGGUACAUAAUGUUGACAAAACAUUCGGGUGUACAAAAUGCGGGAAACGCUUUCACAGCAAAGCUAGGUUACGAAGGCACAUGGUAUCGCAUCGCAAUAAGAUGGUAGCUUGCGACGAGUGCGGAGAAGAAUUCCCAGACGGCAGGGCUCUCGUCAGCCAUCGUCAUUCGCACAACAAGGACCUAGGCGGUCGCUCGUUCCCGUGCAGGGAGUGUGGCAAAACUUUUGGCAGUCGCAGUUCGCAGCAAAUUCAUAUUCGUAUCCAUACCGGCGAGAGGCCGUAUGGCUGUCGAUUUUGUUGGAAGGCGUUCGCCGAUGGUGGUACGCUGAGAAAACACGAACGUAUUCACACGGGUGAGAAGCCGUACGGAUGUGCAAUUUGUCCACGUGCUUUCAAUCAAAGAGUCGUUCUCAGGGAGCACGUUCGAGCUCAUCAUUCAGGACCUGAUCCAAAGUGUGUAGGUAGUAUUACACCGUACUUGUGCAAAGUGUGCGGCGACGCUUAUGGAACGUCGGAAGAGAUAGUUGCUCAUAUCGUGCAACAUUGCGACGAUAACACCGCGUUGAGACGGCAACCGCAGACUGGACCUCGUAAAUAUAAACGGAGACGUAAGCUCAAACCCCACGAGACCAACACGGUAGCGGUACGUAUGCCUGAACAGUUCGAGAUGGUGGAAGCACCCUCAGACUCUGACGACAAUACGAAAAGGAAACUGGGAAGGAAGAACAAGCAACAGCACCGAUCGAACGUCGAGGAGGGCUAUCAAAACGUCUUGAAAAGCUUCGAGAGUUCGUUGCAAAAUAUAAAUUCGAUCGUCAGCAAUUCGAAGCUGAACCCGGGAAAGUCCAAGCUCUCCAAGAAGAAGAUGAGGAAAGAGGAGAAGAAGAACGAGGCUCAAUCUUCGUGUCAACCUGGCAGACCAAAAAUGAUUCACACGCAGAAGACGAGAGUGCCCGUAGAGAUGGGUAGUGACGGGGUCAAAAAGGGGCAGAAGACAAAGACGAUGGUGACGAGGACGCCGAAAAUGAUACCGCAGGAGCAUAAGUCAGGCGUUUUCCCGGGCGGAGAGCGGAACAGGCCGAGGACGAAGAACGUGAGCUAUCACAUCGAAGGGAAGUAUCAGCCGACGCCAGCAACAUUCCCAAAGCCCAAGGAGGAAAUACCUCCGGCAUCUGCGCAGGUUUUACCCAACGUAAAAAUGGAAGCCAACUUGCAGAAAGCGUCGAAUAACAAUCAUAGGAGCAACAACGGCAACGUUCUUGGUGUUAAUAACGAGAAGAUCGAACCGACCCCUAGAAAACGGGCGGGUGUCGGGAGAAAAGUGAAAAAGCAAAUUAAGCAAGAACCGAUGGACAUCGAGGAAGAGAUAAUACAGGAUAAUAAUAACACGGAGAAUUCGGAUGCGGCGAGAUUGAUGGAUCAUUCGAUGGAUGGAAACAAUUUGGAAGUCGCGUUCGAGGCGAGUGUUACCACCGAGGAGGAAGCCAUUCUUCCCCAUGUAGGUAACCCGGAAGACGUGGGAACGGGCAAUGUAAAACUGAGUGUAAAAGUAGAAUCGACACCGCAACGGAUGCUGGCCGUUCACAUGACGCCAGUGGAUGAUAUUCCAGAGACAAUAAUACCGGACGCUCUGGAAUACACCUGCGAGAUGUGUUCCGCGGUAUUUUCCAGCCGGGCAGAAUUGUUGGUCCACGUUCCGAUACACAUUUGAUUUAAUUUGUUCAAUGACAUUAAGAAGGUAUGCGAAUUUGUUUUAUUUUAAGAAUAUUCGUUUAUUAAGCACUAUUUUAACAUGAACAAUCAAGAUUUCUCCAUUCGUUUCAAUCGGCAUCAUGUUCCUAUGCCAAAACAAUGAACGAGGAAAGAAACGAUCUUCUACUCGUUGCUCUAUGAAGUGUAACCGGGUUUUCGUGUUUAACACGUACAUUUCGAAACGUCGAUGCUGUUUUCAGUUCGUCCCGUCACUCUACACGCAGACACUUUUAAACGUAUUCCUCUCUCGGACUGACACCACCGUUACGUUCUAUCUUACUCCAUUUCAUUUUUAUCUGUUGCUGCAUGUUGCAUCGAGCGUCGUUCAUAAUGACAUAUGUAGGAUCGAACAUAAACGGGGAUAAUAUUUAUUUAUUAAAAAAAUGGAAAAUACACCCGACGCUUGCAGGUGUUUUAUCAUACAGUUAGAAAUAAAUAUUAUUAUACUCUAUGCGUCCUACAAAUAAAAUUAAAUAACAUCAUCGCGAUCGCUAACUCUAGCGUCGUACUAAUGAAUGAAAGCGAAAGAUUACAAAUCGGAGUCUGGCGAUUCGGAAUUUAGACUAAGAAUACUCUCAAGCAACUUCUUCGAUUUCGACGUUCUGUUUAGAUCAGGUUCGCCCGUGUCGUCCUUCUGACACAGACAUCUAAACCUUUUACCAUCCUGAGUUUCUAAAAAACUUAUACUGGAUUUUAAUGCCAUGUAUUCCCUAAACGAUUUUUGCUUGUACCUGUUAAUUAUUGGUGUUUUCGAACGAUUCGUGUAAUCUCGAUUAGGCUUCGUAUGUAUAAUGUUCAGCUCAUUUUCUAAUUCUAGGAAACUCGAAUUCGUCGUAACACCAGAUUAUCUCAUCGUGUUCAAAACUUCAUUUUUUUUAUUGCCUUCGUCGUCUUCUGUCAGAUAUUCUAAUUCAGCCGGUGGAAUAUUUUUAGUACACUUCUUUUUACUUUCCAACUCCUUGAGCAAUUGCAAGACUAAUCGAGACCCUAGACGCAACUCCUUUCCGCCACUCGUCACAGCUUUAUAAUGAAACAGUUUCACGGGAAGCGUGAAAUCACGACAUAUUGUACGUGUACGUAAGAGUAUGCCAAGACGAUACAAGCGAGUGUAUUUGAUACAAUAGUACACAUUCAUACAAAGUAAAUUGAUCCUGUACGUUUGCUUUUAGCUCCUAAGUGAUUGGACGACGAUAAACGCAUCGAGACACUGUCGUAGGACAAUGUUUACACGUAACAUCGUAAUAUCGGUUAUCAGAUUGUUCCCCAGGAAUUUUCUUUACUCGCAGCAACGCGAAGAAGUUAAUACAUCAUAACUGUUACAUUAGACACGCGUCAGAGGCUUGGUUCGCCGCCACAUACCCGAAGGGAGAGAACAAAAGAGAAACGAAAGUUUAAAUUCUGAAAGACCUGUUUUAAACGUGACAACUUCCGACUCGUAAAAAGUAUAUGUACUUUGCACACUCUGCAUAGAAACCAUUGUACAAAUUGAUUUUCGUAUUCUGAUGAAUUUUGUAACGCAAGAAACGCAAUCAUAUUGUUAAUGUUUGAAUAGUAUUCAUCACCGUAAUAAAAUAUGUUUAUUAUCGAAGCACA